AUGGGGAUUAACCUGUUCUGUGCGCUCACUCCUGGCCCGGCGGCGGCGGGGCCGGAGCGGGCCGUGACCGGGCCGGAGCGGGCCGUGGCCGGGCCCGAGCGGGCCGUGACCGGGCCGGAGCGGGCCGUGGCCGGGCCCGAGCGGGCCGUGGCCUGGCCGGAGCGGGCCGUGGCCGGGCCGCCGGCGCCCCCCGUGACGCGGCAGGUCGGCAGCGAGCGGGGCGGCGGGCAGCGGCGGCAGCCGGCGGAGCUGCGGGAGGCCGCCCGCUGCCCGGUGGUGGACGCGGGCGGGAGGAGCGUCCCCUUCGCGUCCCUGUACGGGGAGCAGAAGGCGAUCGUGGUGUUCGUGCGGAAUUUUUUAUGUUACACCUGCAAGGAGUAUGUAGAAGAUCUGGCAAAAGUCCCUAAGUCAUUUUUACAAGAAGCAAAUGUGAGGCUUAUAGUUAUUGGACAGUCAUCUUAUCAUCACAUCAAGCCCUUUUGCAGUUUAACUGGAUAUACACAUGAAAUGUAUGUAGAUCCACAAAGGGAAAUUUAUAAAACGUUUGGCAUGAAAAGAGGUGAAGGUAAUCAUGUAUCAGUGCGGAGCCCUCAUGUGAAAUCAAACAUGCUCCUGGGAAGCAUUAAGAGUGUGUGGAGAGCAAUGACUGGCCCGGCUUUUGAUUUUCAAGGAGACCCUGCUCAGCAGGGAGGAGCUUUGAUUUUAGGCCCAGGGAAUGAAGUUCAUUUUUUGCACCUUGACAAGAACCGGCUGGAUCAUGUUCCCAUUAACACCGUUUUGCAGCUGGCAGGAGUUAAACCAGUAAAUUUCACAAACAAACCCCAGAUUAUUGAUAUAUGACACUGACACAUUACAUUUUUAAAUUAUCAUUAUUUGUGCUCCACAAAAACAAUUCUCUGGCGGAUCCCCACCAGCAUCGGUAUUGUUGUGUCUUUAUGGGACAUCUGAAACCGUAUCUAGAAAACCUGGGUGCUGGGUAGUUUAUUCUGUGCUCUGAAGCUGAACACGAAAGCGCUAUUUCCAUUGCAAAUAAGAUAACAAAAACUAAAACACAACUGAGGCUUGCUGCAAAAAAUCCUGUACCUUAUUAUUUCCUCAUCAAAUAGUUUUGCUAAUACAUUAUAAAAAUCUUUGUUCAAGAUGCACUAAACUAAAAAAAUCUUGAUUAUGCUCAGGAAGAGCUUGGGAUUCUUGCCUCCAGCAGAUCACACUGGCUUUCAAUCCAGUACUUCUCAGUGAUGUUUUAAAGCUCCCAGAACUGUGUGACAAUCUUGUAUUAAACUACACCUUGAAGAAUCAGGGUUCCUUGACGAAAAAUAAAAGGCUUGCUUAAGAAACAA